AUGGAAGACCCAACGCGUCUGGUAUCCUGGGUCACUCAGUCAUUUUUACGCACGACCUUGACCGUCCUUCGGUUGUACAACCUCUCCAACGUUCCAUUGGCGCUCUUGUCAGCCUGUCCUAACCUCAGGGACAUAUACGUCGACUAUUGCGAUGUCGACAGAUCAUCAAAAGGCAACAAUGGCACUGGCAGUGAUGUAGACCGUGAACAGCCAACGCAAAGCAUACAAACGCUCGACUAUCGUCACUCCCGUCGACUUGUCCGCGCUCUUCUGCAGUGGCCCACUCGGGGGUCAUGGUUCUCAAACCUUCAAGUCCUCCGGACGUGCUCAGAUGAGCUCGAAAGUUUGGAGCUAGCGAAGGCCCUCAUUCAAGAAGCGUCCUCGCUGAAGCAGUUGCUUCUAACACACCGCAAUGGUUCAUUCACCUGGAAAGGAACCUACAUCCCCCUGUCCAAGUUCUUGAACCUGGGCUCACUGCCUUCCCUUCGAGUGUUCGCCGCCUUCAUUCAGAUUAAAGAGCGGGAGCGCCACUCGAGCGUUAACCGCACCGUCAUCAGAGACAUCGCUCAGGUUCUCUCCACCAUCCCCUCCGAGUCCAAUAAUAUCUCGAGACUGUCUCUGACUCUCAGGGCAGAAGGAUUCCAUCCCUUUCAAUGCACUCGUGACCAGGAUUGGGAGGGCCUAUGCAACGAAGUGGCCCGAAUUGCAGUCCCUACUCGCCAACUGCAAUUUGAAUUUGAACUGUUGGCAGUGGACCCAGAUCCCUUCCGGAUCCCGGUGAGUGGUGGAGAAGAGCUGCGCAGAUAUAUUAUGGACCAGAUAGGCACUCGUCUCAAAGACAAAGACCAUGUCCUGGUCAAAUUUGCUGUCCCGUCUUUCUCGUACUAG